CCAACUAGAUAAAAGGUCAAUAAUCAAGAAAAGCCGGGUGCACAUGUUCUUUUUCGUGUUGCGGGAUUAAAACGUGACAACUCGCGGGAAAAAAAUGGCAGGAUCUGUCGCCAAAAUAUGCCGAUCUUUGGCAAGUCUGGGUCGCCUGGAGUCACCAAAAUGUGGCGUUUUGGGAAUGGCGAAUUUCAACCAAACGCGGCAAUAUUCCAAUGGAAGCCGUAUUGAAGUAGCCAAUCCGGUGGUUGACCUCGACGGUGAUGAGAUGACCCGGGUCAUCUGGGAGAAGAUCAAAGAAACGCUGAUCUUCCCCUAUCUGAAGCUGGACAUCAAAUACUACGACCUGGGCUUGCCACACAGGGACCUGACUGAUGAUCAGGUCACCAUUGACUGUGCCCACGCCAUCCUCAAGUAUAACGUGGGCAUCAAGUGUGCCACUAUUACGCCAGACGAGGAGAGAGUGGAAGAGUUUGGCUUGAAGAAGAUGUGGAAGAGCCCGAACGGAACAAUCAGAAACAUCCUGGGCGGCACAGUGUUCCGCGAGCCAAUCAUGUGCAAGACCAUCCCUCGUCUGGUCCCAGGAUGGACUGCCCCCAUUGUGAUUGGUCGUCACGCUUUUGGAGACCAGUACCGAGCAACAGACUUUGUGACCGACGAGCCCGGAUCGUUUGACCUGGUGUUCACCCCAGACGGUGGUGGUGAGAAGAAAGUCUUCAAAGUCUACAAAUUUACAGGAGGCGGAUGCGGACUUGGCAUGUACAAUAAUGAUGAGUCCAUCGAAGGCUUCGCCCACAGCUGCUUCCAGUAUUCGCUCGCCAAGGGGUGGCCGCUUUACCUCAGCACCAAGAACACCAUCCUCAAAAAGUACGAUGGACGCUUCAAGGACAUCUUUGAGGCCAUCUACCAGAAAGACUAUAAGAAUACCUUCCAGGAGGCAGGCAUUUGGUACGAGCAUCGUCUGAUUGAUGACAUGGUUGCGCAGGCCCUCAAGUCGGCUGGUGGGUUCGUCUGGGCCUGCAAGAACUACGACGGUGACGUCCAGUCAGAUGUGGUCGCCCAAGGCUAUGGUUCUUUGGGUCUUAUGACUAGUGUGCUAAUUUGCCCCGAUGGCAAAACCAUCGAAGCGGAAGCGGCUCAUGGAACGGUCACCAGACACUACAGAGAACACCAAAAGGGUAACCAGACCAGCACCAACCCUAUCGCCAGUAUCUUUGCGUGGACGCGAGGCCUGGAGCACCGCGCCAAGCUGGAUAACAACCCAGAGCUGGCUCGUUUCUGCACCACUCUGGAGAAAGUCUGUAUUGACACCGUGGACUCGGGCAUGAUGACCAAGGACUUGGCCGGGUGCAUCCAUGGACUCAAAAACGUCCAGCCAGAGCACUAUCUGAACACCAUGGAUUUCUUGAACGCAAUCUCCGAGAACCUCAGCAAAGCCUUGAAGAAGUAAAUCUGACCACACCCAAAUCCUUGUAAAGGUGGUUGGGUGGUUUCCGGCGUGUAACCACGGACAAAAGGUUUAGAAGACCUUUUUAAAAACAAUGCAAGUGGCUAUUCUGUGGGAUUUUUUGGUAACAUUUUGUCCCGUCCAACAUAUGCUUUCCGUUGUCAGCACUUGCUGAUAGUACACAUUUGUUACAAAAUUGCUCAGUAGGAACUUUUGUACAGGCCAAAUUGUCAAGACAUUGAAUCUGAGAUGUUCUCCGGUAAAUUUUUGCUGAGGAGUUAAAUUUUCUCAGAACUAAUUUCACUGAGCAUCAAGAAAAAAAAAUUGUUUCAAGAUGCUGCCAAAUAUUGACUUGAGUGACCUGAAACGUAUAAACUGCAAAAUGAGGGCCUUUUUUAUUUGUUAGAAAAAUAUAUUUCAAAAACAUUCUGAGAAAUUCUUCAAGGAUCGAAAAUUUGCAAAGCAGACUUUCGGAAUUUUUGGCAGUUUUACUGAUGUUUAAUAGCGAGUCUGAAUUAAAUAUGUCAUUUCUGAAAUCUUGCCUCACAUAUUUCAUCUGUUUACUGGCAUUUGUUCAUUGCAGUAUCAAUUGUUGUUUUUAAAGCAGAUCUCUAUGCAUGUGGGUGGGACACAAGUGUUGAAAAAAAUAUCACAAAAUUGUCACAAAACUGCAUAGUAUUAGACAGACUAGUAGAUUCUAUUGAGUAAGGUGUGAUCGCAGUUAAAUUUAAUCCAGGGACAAAACCAAGUUCGCACUUAAUACAUGUAUAGUGCUAGUUUAACAGCACGUCUAUUUUUGGGAGUGAGGUAUUAUGAAAUUUGUAAUUUAUUGAUGAAGUUUUGAAUGUCUAUUAAUACUUCCCAACCAUUUAGCUGUCUCCGUUGAUUAUCUUAUCAUACUUUUAUCGCAAGAUGUCACAGGUUGUAACAGUAAUUAUGAAAGGCCACAUUGUUGAUGAUUGUUUUGUUGGGUGUGCUUUGUGAUUAGCUUCAGUUUGCUGUGAUGAAACAAAUUUGUGUGGGAAAGUCGAGUUAAGCUUUGUUUGAGACAGGAAUAAUUGUCAAGGGUACUUCAUCUCGCCCCAGUGGCUGAGACCGAGACCUGUAGAGUAAUAAAUAACCCGAUUCAAACACGGCCAUACUUUAUAACUGUGUAAUGUUAGGUAGAUGUUCAACCUGUGGAAGGCCAACAUUAAAAUGAUGCAAAAUAUUUUCAAGGUUUCAGUUUUCGGAAUUUAGAAGAACGUUUUGGUGUGCAAUACUUGGAGACUGUUGUUGUUGCGUCCGCGUCCGAAUUGCUUGGCUACGGCUAGGAAAUAACACGCGGGUCUAUGGCAAGUGGCUGCAGCCGCUUCCCUAGGCGCGUGUGUAAUUGUAAGCCGUAGCCAUAUAAUUCGGAUGCGGCUUAUGAAUGCUCACAGAGGCAGGUUAGACCUGUCUAAAAAAAUGUAUAAAUCAAUGCGUGUGGAUUAUUAGAUUAUCAGUUUGGGGAAGUUCAGGUACCAGACUUGUGCGAAGCUACCUCAGCUAUUUCAAAAGUUUGUGCUUUGAUAAGGCAACAGUAAAAAUUAGGACAAAACUUUUGCUGGAAGAUGCCUGAUAUCAAUUUGCAAAUGUUUAAGAUGUUGCAGACUUUUCAGUUUCCCGAGGCAAAAUCUGAGGGUAGUCUUCAUGUGAACUGCUAGUUGGAGACGGUAAGGUGAUGACAGUUUUCCAGUUCUGGUGUAGGGAGUAUUCUCAAAAAUAUCAAAGCGUGUAAGCAUGUGAUAACUUUCACCUGAAAUGUGUAAUGUUUUAUGUACUUAUUGCACCAAAGAGUCACAAAUGUAUAUGCAAUAAUGUUCAGUUAAUGUUACCAGAAUUAAUUUAAAUCUGCAUAUGUUAUUCAUACAAAUAAUUCUUGUCCUGCAGUAAUGUUGAGUAUCGUGCCGUUUUUGUUUUUGAGGCUUUAUUUUUGGGAGGCGAGUUUCUAUUUUCUGUCGAGAGUGUUCAGUUAUUCAGGUCACAAUUGUGCUACAAUUUAUGCAAAUGUUGACAAAGUACUCGCCCCAAAACUGUCAGAAAUGUCUGUGGAGAAACCUGAAGAGACAAUAAAGUUGCUGUGAAAUACCUCCUUGCUUGGUUUGAAAGAAA